AUGUCAAUCGAUUCGCGCAGCCAGAGCUCCUCCCCCGACAUCUUGGGCCCUCCAGGUGAUGCCGACUACCUUGUAUCGUCCCCAAUAAAGCCCUUCGCUGGCCGACAAAGCUGGCUGUCGCCUGCAGUCAUCAAACGUCAACGAACUCCGGCGAAACGACCGCGCGUGAGCCUCAGUCCCGCGAAGAGCGCGCACUCGAUACGCUUCGACGAUGUCCUACUCCCCGGAUCGCCUACAAUGAAACUCGAUGGUCGCCAAAGAACGCUCUCGCCAGAGAAAGUUACACAGGAAGGCAAUGUGAGUCCGUGGCGCAUUCGAGUCACGCUCGAGGCGACGCAGGACGAGGAGAACCAGGGCAGCCCAAGUCCGUCGCGAAAACGGCUACGGCCCUCGACCGUGACAACCAUGAUUCCAUUGAAAGAUGAAAGGAGUCCGCUGAGAGACAAGACCCCGGCGAAGCGGCGCGGCCGUCCGCGGAAAUCAGAUAUCCAAGCGCAGAAUGGCUCGCCAUGGCCUGGGAGCCCAGGGAACACUCCAGGGCCAGUAGGAGCUACGCCUAAAAGGGGACCAGGACGUCCGCGCAAGGGUACACCGAAGCCAAAAGUACAAGAGAUCCCGGUGCUAGAAGACGAACCAACACCAACAGUGGAUCCUGCCCAACAACAUUUCAGUCCGAUGGAUAUAACUGCCGAUAGUAGCGCGAACCCCAACCGGCAAUGGAGCCCAAUGAACCUGGCUACGGAUGGAUACGAGAGUGACUCCCUCGGAGCGGACGAUCUACCUGUUGCAGACCUCCGUGCUCCAACGCCAGCACAUAUGGAGACUCGAGAGGACAACAUGAGCCAUAGAUAUGGCAGAGCAACCUACGAUACCCCCAUAAUCGGCGCCAGCGAACACCAUUUCCUCGAUAAUGACGAGAAUAUACACUCAACCCCUUCGAAGAUGCCAUCGCCCAUCCGAGAGCGGCCAGGUUCGUCCGCAAGAUCCGCGCAUCACGCCAGUAACAUCGUGUCGCCACGUACCUACCCUACCCCGACCCCAACCUCUUCGCUGGCCGAGGAGGAAAAUCAAACUGGGGAGCGGACAGCAGAGGUGCAUGAAGACCAACAACAACCGAUCGAAGACCAGGAACCUCUGACCGACCUCUUGGCUGAUCCGACGGACGAGCAUAAUGAAUUCGAUUCUAUUAUGGAAAGCGAAGGAUUUACCAUGGUCUCUUUGGACACAUUGCCAUCAGCUAAGCAUUAUGGUCUGGGAUCGAGUGCCAAGAUGGCCACGGAUGGCUCUGGCACAGAGCGAGAGAAUGGGCGUAUCGGUGAACGGCUGAAGCGUAAGUUGCCCGGAACAAUCGAUGACUUACGGAGCGAUCGCCAGAGCUCGGCAAGGCCAAGUCCUGUGACCCAAGGCCGCUCUCCCAGGUCGCGUACUGUCGCGCCCGUCAACCUGGAGCCGCAGUCUGCAAAUGGGAAAACUACCGCUCGGGUUACCUAUCCCGAGCUUCCUGUGACGCGUUCGCCAGAGAAGCCGCUAGAGGAUACCCCCAGGAGGACUCCUAUCAGCCUGGCCAGGGUCGUCCGUGCUGGGAUUGCCCUCCAAGGAACCUUUAGACCCCGGGAAAACGAAGUGCCAGGCACCGGCAACGCUAACCGGAAAAGGCGCCUCGAGGGUGUCUUCAGCACCUUCAGCCCUGCUACGCAGCGGGAGUUGCGAGCUGCUCUCGGGAUCGGUCAAGAACUCGCCAUGCGUCAAGCACUUGCAGAGGCGGAGCAAAUGAGAGUACUUGAGGAAGCAGAAACUGGAAAGGUUCCUGUGGAUGAUCACGAGAGGCACGAUGAUUCGAUGGAAGAGGAGCAAUGGGACGAGCAGGAAGAGGAAGAGUCUAUUGUGCAAUCGCCUCCGCCUGAGCCAAUGGAUUCUCCACGGGUAAACUCGAGCCAUUUCACAAGAACUCGGCGAGAGGAGGAAUGGCAGCUGGAGCGCGAGGCUGUCAGUCGGCAGGCGCAGGAUGCGACCAAUUCACAACGGCUCAUAUACAUCGAAAGUGAUGACGAUGUCUCUCAAGAUGACCACAGGGAUGCGUUUGAUGAUCGUGUGCAGUCUGAUGUUGAAUCUGUUGUCGAAGAAUUGCCGCUCGAAGAAGAGCCAUUCGAUGGAGAAGCUUUCGAUGAGGAGCACCUGGAUGAAGAACCUGAAGGUUUCGAACCGGACCUUGUACAUGUGCCUCAACCUGUCGCGGCUCAUACAACACGCAUGGAAGAGGAAUUUGUGGACGACGAUGACGACGAUGAUUCUGUGGACAUCUGGCGACAAGAAACCCCGAACUCAGAGCCGGAACAGGAACCCGAGCCGCUUCCAGCGAAUUAUCAGGAUGUGGAAACGGAGCAAGAGGGCUUCAAUGAUGAAGAUGGGUUUGGUGACAUAUGGCAACAGGAGGCUCGGGAUCACAGCCAUCUCUCACACCACUCUGAAGGGCGCGCGCAGGGCGUUGUUCAGGAACCAUCCAGCCCUUGGAGGGCAGUUGCGAGCCUCUCUACGAAUCACAGUCACUUGAGCUCUUCUCCGGCUUAUGUGACCAUGGAGCACCGUGAUGGGUUGCACCAGGAGCCGACACACAUUCGAAAGCUACGCGAACAAGAUGUCGAUCUGUCCGCUAUACUCACAAAAGAAGAUACCCCUACCCGUGCUCAUUACUACAACGGAUCAAGCACACCUCGCAGCAUUCUGAGCGCCCGAUCUGGCGCUCCACUGUCGUCGGCCAUGAAAUCCGUCUCAUCGACGCGGAAGACAGGCCAGCGGGUUCGCUUGCAGCCUAUCUCACAGUCCAGCCCAGGUAUAGGGUCAGACGCAGAAUUUAGCAAUUCCCCUACCUUUAAACCUAAUGCCUCACAUCCGGAGCCAAUUGAAGAAGAGGCUGAAGAUAUAGAAAGGGUCCCUUAUAUCGCUCACGAGACCGAACCCGUUUAUGCGAACUCGGCGGCCGCCACUCCAGAGCCCCCGCGCCAGUCGGACCAGAAUGUUCCAGCAUCCACCUGGUUCCAGCGAAUCACCAGUCUUACUCCUAGGUGGCUGAAAGCUCCCGCUGAGGAUGACGGUGAUAGCUCCAGUUCGGCUCCAGCCUCCGAGGACGAAGCGGAGGAAGAUGAUCAAGAUGACCAGGAGAGAAUUGCCAGCGUCGAAUCAACGAGAGAGAUUCAUGGACGCCUUGACCAUGCGCCUCUUUCAAAUCGUUCAAGCGAAUCACCUUCAAGAUACGUGGAAGAGUCGGCUAGCCCUCAACAGGUGAACGGACAUGGUUAUGUGCCUUCCGUUGAGCAAGAUGAGGACCAAGUCAGUGUAAAGGAUUCUGAUGGUGUGGGAGAGGACGUUCUGCAGACCCACCGAGAAGGCAGCGCUACGGGAAGGGAUGCCGACCUCAUUGAUGACGAGUCUGUAUACAUGACCAACGGCAAUCACCCCACAUUGGCACGGCCUAGACCUCUCCCGGCAUUCGGCUACUUCUCGGACGAACACUACAAGGCUCUUCGGCGCAUCUACCGAAUGGCAAAGCGCUCCCCAGAACGCUUCCCUUACUAUGAUUCUCCCGGGCGUGCCCAAAUCAUCGGUGAUUGGAUCUGGACCUCGGACGGUCAUCAUGGGGUCCCCAUCACGGAAGCGCAGUUUGCCAUCAUCGAUCGCUUUGUGCAUGACCUCUCGCGCGUCGACGUCGAGUACGGUGGAAAUGGGCAGGUUGACUGGACCGAAGCUGAUCUGCACCGGAGACUGAUCAGCAUCAUCAUUGGCGAGCAGAUCCGAGAGGAGCAGAAGGCCAGGUCGGCCCGAGGAGUGUCUGUCGAUACAUGGCGAUGA